AAGUCGCAAAUCACCAUCCACUUUCCACCGCUAUUGCAUUAACACCUACAUCUAAUCCCGUGGUUGCCAACCAACAUCAAUGGCCACCUCCACAAUGGGGCAGGAAGACCUUCAUCCUGAGAAAGAAGUCCCCGCGGUCACCUCAGAUCCGGAAGCCGGCCAUGAUGCCCACCUCACCGGUAAAGCGUGGAUGUACAAGCCGAUUAAGAUUGGUCCGUGGUCGUUGCCAUACUUCGCCUCCCCGGAAUCACAGCUCCUGCUCGUCUCCUUCGUGUGUUUCCUCUGCCCUGGCAUGUACAAUGCGGUCAGCGGUCUAGGUGGUGGUGGUCAGCUGGACCCUACCGAUGUCAGUGAUGCCAACACGGCUCUAUACAGCACUUUCGCCGUAGUUGGCUUUUUCGCAGGUUCCAUUGCGAAUCGCAUUGGCCUUCGCCUGACACUCUCAUUCGGUGGCUUCGGCUAUUUUCUUUACGUGGCUUCACUUCUGUCGUAUAACCACAAUAAGAACUCCGGCUUUCUUAUAUUCGCUGGCGCGCUACUGGGUGUUUGCGGUGGCCUGUUGUGGUGUGCGCAGGGUGCAGUCAUGAUGAGCUACCCAAAUGAAAAGGAAAAGGGCAAGUUUAUUGCAAUCUUCUGGGUGAUCUUUAACCUGGGUGGUGUGAUUGGCAGCUUGGUUCCCUUGGGUCAGAACCUACACUCUGAAGCGGGCCAGGUCAAUGAUGGCACCUACAUCGCCUUCAUGGUGCUUAUGGCGGUUGGCUUCGUCCUUGCAUGGGGUCUUUCAGACUCAAAGUAUGUUAGACGAAAGGAUGGCUCGCAUGUCAUUGUGAUGAAGAACCCAACGUGGAAAUCGGAGUUCAUGGGCCUUUAUGACACCAUCCGCAGCGACUAUUAUAUCAUCCUAUUUUUCCCCAUGUUCCUGGUGAGCAAUUGGUUUACAGCAUAUCAAUUCAACAGCGUCAAUGGUGCCUAUUUCGAUAUCCGGACGCGGUCCCUCAACAACCUCCUUUAUUGGCUUAUGCAGAUGGUUGGCGCAUUCGUGUUCGGACAGAUCUUGGACUUGAAGUUCCUUUCCCGCCCAAUGCGAGCCAAGCUCGGGCUUGGUCUCCUCUUCGCCAUCACAAUGGGAGUCUGGGGUGGUGGAUAUGCUUUCCAAAAGACAUACACACGGGAAACAGUCUCGGCAACUACCGACUGGACAACUAGCGGCUAUGUCGGGCCCAUGUUUUUGUACAUGUUUUAUGGCUUUUACGACGCGGCUUUUCAGACCUGUGCAUAUUGGUUCAUGGGUUCGCUUAGCAACAACGCUCGUAAAUUGGCCAACUUUGCGGGUUUCUACAAAGGGAUCCAGUCUGCCGGUGCGGCUGGCAUGUGGCGAAUGGAUGCUGUGGGGACCCCUUAUAUGACCGAAUUCGCGUCCUGCUGGGGCCUGCUCGCCGGUAGCCUGCUCAUCGCAUCCCCCGUGGUGCUUUUCAAGAUUAAGGAGCAUGCGGACGUCGAAGCCGAUCUCAACUUUUCAGACGAAACUGCGCAAGAAGUGGGCGUCCCACUGGAAGAUCACCCCUCCGAGAAGAAGGACGAGAAGGCUGUGACUGUGGCAUGAUCAUUGACUGGAGUCCGUGACAAUGUAGCGGGCACGUGAGCAUCAUUCUGGCCACGUUUUCGCCUGCAACGUGCUCGGUGACCAGAUAUGUUUCUUUUGCUUUUCCGCUGAAUAUCCAAGAUCAGAAUGGGCUUGAAGCGUUGAAUGACAUCUAGCUGAGGUAACUCUUAUGUAAGCUAUCAGCGAGUUACGAUUUAUCUUAAUGGAAUAAUAAGCAAUGACUCUCUAAUCACUGGGGUUUGUUGUUCAAGUUUCCCGGCUACUUUGUGAUUAGAGCAUGGUAA